GGAUGACAUCAUUGAUAUUGUCAAUGGUGUAAACUGAGAGAGGGCUGGGUGGGGGAGUUGUGAGGGGGAGAGAGAACCGCGGCCACGAUAGAGAGAGGGAGAGAGAGAGGACCUCAGUGUCUGGUUUUGGUGUUUUUUUCCCUAACAAAUCGUGACAGUAAGCAGCUUCCAGAGUCAUUGGACUAGGAUCAGUGGUGUAUUUGGGGGUCACUGCUCGUGAGUAGGGGGGGCUCGGGUCACAGAUCUCCGAGGUUAUGAGCCGUCCGAAGCCGCGUCGGUGCGUCGCUGUCCAGGGUCCUGAGUGAGACAGAGCCAGCCAGCGACCACGGAGCCUGACAUAACCCGGUGAGGAGGCGGGGGUGUGUGGGUGGGGGCUGUAUGUCGGCUAGUCAAGGUGUCUGGAGGCGUGUAUGUGUGCAUGAUGGUGCGUGUGAGGUGCUUUGGGUUAGACAAAUAGAGCCCAAAUAGAGUCGUGUUUGGGCGGGGGUGCGCUCGUUCAGGGGUCCUACCUGUACAUAGAGGGUGCGGUUAGGGGAAUUAUCAGCACGUUUGAUGCUCACUGAUGGAUGGAUGGUGUUUUUAUGCAUUCAGCACACUGGCCGUCUCCUCUCCUGUGGUAUCUGGGGCAGCUGCAUGAAGUAUUGUCCCUGAAAAUAUAGCAUCACGCCUGUUUUUGCAGUCCUUUGCAGCAUUAGUGGGUCCCAGUUUUGUAACACUGACAGUGUGGAAGCACCUAGGAUGCUGAGAGGAGAUGUGCUGGAUAGACCUGAGGUAAAAGGGUUUGGUAAUGUGCAGCAGUAGCUUGCUCUGCUUUAUUUUCCCUGCACAGUAGAUGUAAAGGGGGUGUAUGUAGGUCUAUGAUGCAGCCAAGCGUUAAAAAUGAGCUCAGUCAGUGUAUAGUGCAAUGUCAAACUGGCUUGUAAAGCCUAACCUCUGGCAGAAAAAGCCCUCACUCUCUUCCCGCUCUGAGCUCUUAUACCAUUAGGCUUGGGUGAGGAAAACAUGACUCAUUCGAAUUUUACCAGGGGGACUCCAGUCAGAAAUUUGGACUUUAUGCAAAUCUCUUGUACACAGGACCAGACUCCCUUGAAGUGCUUUGGGAAGAGUGUGUGAGAUGCUGAUCCAGCUCCCCCCUGCAGCCUUGAAUAAAUCAUGUUAUACAACUCUAUGUUCUGUUCUUCUCUGCUCUCACUUUUCCCCUAUGCACUUUAUAAACACUCCAUUGGCCUACAUAGUUGUCCUCUGAGAUACCAGUGUUUAUUAUCACAUCCUACUGAGGUGUAACUUUGACUUAACAAAUUAUGGCCGCUUGAAGCGAGGAGACUCUAUUAGUUAGUGUGUGAUUAAAAUGAUUUGAUGACUUAAUGUCACUGGAGAGGAAGUGAGCAACAUUUUCCUUCCUGGUUUCAGUCAUUCCAUGCAGGCUGCACUACGUCAUUGUUGAGCCUCGGUAAUUUGCACUUCUCAUUCUUUCUCAUGUCUCCUGUCAAUCUCCUCACAAGCCUCUUCUUUCAUUUUCUGUCACAAUACAGCUUCUUCAGGGCUCAUCACUUUGAAUUUAAACUCUGCAGCUUUGCACCACUGUCCCUUUACUCUAUUGAUCCCCAGUGAUUGAUGAUGGCUUGUGUAUGUGUGUAUUUUUCCCUACAGUGAGUUGAAAAGCUCAGGAGCCAUGGAGUUGAGGGUGGGAAAUAAGUACCGUCUUGGGAGGAAGAUAGGGAGUGGAUCCUUUGGAGAUAUUUACCUCGGUGAGAACUUGUUUUGGCUUCACCUCUUCAUACGGUGUCCCUGUUGUUAUAAACUUUCAGAAAGUUGACACGAUGCACAUGUUUCACUGUUUAGAUGAGCAGCAAUUCUAGUGUACUGUGGAAUCAUUCGAUAAACUAGGACUGUAUCUGUGGCGUUUAUCUCACCAGGCUCCAACAUCGCUACAGGAGAGGAGGUAGCAAUCAAACUGGAAUGUGUGAAGACCAAGCAUCCACAGCUCCACAUCGAGAGCAAAUUUUACAAGAUGAUGCAGGGCGGAGGUAAGACACGCUGAGAAAACAUUCAGAGUUGUUUGUAAGCUAAGGGGGCAUUAAGUGGUGUUAAUCAGGGCUGCUGUAAUGUUUAUGGAAGUAUUACUAUGCAAAGAGAGCUUGGAAGACAUUUAGACUUUAUGGAACAUUCAGGGUCAUUCAGGGACAAGAAAAGCAUCUUUACUGGUAUCAGGAGUAUUUAAGUCUGGUUGUUGAUAGUGAGGUAUUUAUAUUCACUCCAGCACUGAGGUAUAGUCAGGCCUGUUGUUUAAGAGUUUAAGGGUUUACAUGUUAUGAUGAAAAAUAAAAGUUAGGACAAAACAGGGUAAAAUUAGAUAAGAAAAUAAGCAAUAUUUUAAAUAAUUUAAAGCUCCUGUGAGGAAUUUUCUGUUUGUACCCCUUGUGAACAUUGCAGUCUUUGCUCUGAAUGCUGUAGAAGUAUCUUUCGACAAAAACCCUCAUUCUGCUGACUUUUGACUGCCAAAUCUAUAAUUCAUAGUGAAUAUUUUAUGUAAAAUUGUACAAACACUGCUGUUUCCUUUUGCAACUUGGCUGACACCAACCACCUCACAGUGGUCUCAGGCAACACAAAUGGCGGUACAUGAAUUGUCAGUCUUGGCCUUGAUGGCCUUGUUUGCUUUUGAAUAUCCUGCAAAGACACUACUUUGAAAUUCAGUUUAUUUCGUAAAUAUAAAAAAAUAAACUCCUUUUGAUAAUGUAAACAAUUUAGGUGCUCCAUAUACAGUACGAUUGAUCAAAUGUAAGUAGAGGAAUAAGUAGAGGUCCAAGUACACAGAACAUCAUAAGAAUAUUCAAAGCUUUAAUAUCUAUAUUACAGUAUUAUUAUAACCUCGCACUUAAAAAAAGAUUUAAAUUAUUUUUAACCCAUCAAAAUUUGCUUUUAUCAACAUUUUACAGUGACCCAACUUUUUUGAAAUUGGGUUAGUAAAUAGAUUGUAAGUCUAGUACACUACAUUGCAUUUUCCUUUUUUCUUAACUAUUUUAUGUUUUUACUUUGGUCCUCAUGGUCUCAUUUUAUGUCGAAUGGUGCUUGUAUUGUUUGGGUUCCUUGUGACAUUAAAAUGGCCUUCAAUUCUGUUUUAACUGAGCUUUUUGUUUUUAUCUGUCUUUUUCCAUGUGCUCUAUGACUACAUGUCAAAGCACUUUGUAAACUUCUGUUUUUUAAAAGUGCUAUACAAAUAAAGUUAUUAAAGUUAUUACAUUUAGUCAAUACUAUUUAUAGGUUUUUUAUUGUAGUUUUUUCCUCUGUGUUAUAUGCAAUAAUGGAAAAAUGGCUAAACUAUUCAUUUUAAAGUUAUAAAAAGAUAAUUAGUAGAUGCUUUGGUAGCAGUGUUUCAAUGGCUGAAACACUAGUAGAGAGAUAGUUCAGGGAGUUGGCAUACAGAAAUAGAUAUAUGGCUACAGUUGGCUCAAAGUAAUGUAUGAUUAGUUAAAAUAGCUAACUUGAAUAUAAGGAUAUGUUGUGAAGCUUUAAGUGAUAAAAACAUGUUUUCAACAGUAAACACAAAGAUAAACAGAUUCAUCUCAAAGUGAUGAAAACGCUGUUAAUGGUUAGCUCAAUAUAAAGGUAGUUAAUAUAAAGUUAUGCUGAAAUAAAUGAGGUAGUGAAAAACCUUGAACUACAUUGUUCAUCUGUGCAUGUUAAAAAGCAGCAGCAGCAGGCCUCAAACAUAAAAAGAAGUGGGUCAACAUAUGGGUGGAUAGAUUGUGGACGUGUCUUUGUUUCCCCUUUGUUUUCCUGCGUCCUACCUUCUGAUUUGCCCUCUUGCCUCAAACAGUGGGAAUCCCAUCUAUAAAGUGGUGUGGAGCAGAAGGUGACUACAAUGUCAUGGUCAUGGAGCUGCUGGGUCCCAGUCUGGAGGACUUGUUCAACUUCUGCUCCCGCAAGUUCAGCCUGAAAACAGUCCUGCUGCUGGCCGACCAGAUGGUGAGAAAGACCGACUGUUCUCAUUACGUGAUAUGAAACACAUUUUCCAGAUUUCUUCUGAGGUUCAAAGUCAGGACUUCCUCUAUCCUAACUAUGUAUACACCCAAAGAGUGGAGUAGGAACAUGUGAAUGUUUCAUGGGGCCACCUUCAGGGUCUAUUUAGCAUUUCAAGACAGAGCCAAACACUGAUAUUUGAGGAUAUUAGUGAGGAUUAAACUGUUCUUUGAGAGUAGUUGUUUAAAUUUGAUACCUUUGUUUGCACUGAAGUCAACCUCAGGCCGAGAUGUCACACAUAUCUCGAUAAAUGGAUACUGCUAUUUUUAGACUGGAACUAAAUGGAUCAUUUGAAAUCGGAGAAUAAUUCUCAUCUAAACCUCAGAAGCUUGUUUUCUGGCUUGAGAUCAGGCUUAUCCCCUCACUAUCUUCCAACGUUCAGCUCCUCCAUAAAAGUCAAUUCCAAUCUAGGACAUGGAGGCUCCGCAAGAUGGCCUAAUCCUUGUUGCAGAGGUCAGACUGCAGUGUCUUUUAUGAGUCUCUUUAAUCACUUGUGUGUCAUUCUCAAGUUUACAAGUGGCACAUUUGUUCAUUUUGUCCCACUUUCUAUCUGCACUUUGACCUUUUUUUUCACAACUUUCUCUUGUCUCCUUUUUUACAUCUCUCCUCUCCUCUAUCCCCCACUUUCCUAAAGAGGCAAUAACUAAGAUUUUAACUAGACCAUAACAUGAAACGACCUCUAUAUAUGUGUGCAGACUGUCUGACAGGAUUAUGGAUCAAUACCAAGACUUAACUUUUAUCUCACUUAGCGAUGAGAUUUUUGGCCUUUAAAACCCACUCUCUGUUAAAGAUCAAAUCCUAUGUGAACAUAAAAACUUCAGCAGUAUAGUCCGCUGGCCAUUACCAGUAAAAGUAAUUAAAGGAUUCUUUGCCAGAAGCUCCCACUAAAGUGCAGAUCAAACCGAAACAUCCCUGCAGGAUGGGAUUUAAUGUUUGUGUCUGGCUCCUGUGUGUUUUUAAGCAAUGCUAAAGGAUCAAUACACCACUGCACAGAUGGCAUUAUGAUGCACCAUACAACUCAAUUUCUUUUAGUUAAAGCCCCAUUAAGGAACUCUCCGUUGUUGUCAGUUUUGGCGCCCCCUGUGGACAAAGUGACAGCUCUUGUCUCUUUUUACAGAUCCACAUAUUUGAGUUCAGGCAUUAAAAAUAUUUUAAAAGAAGUUGUUUCUCUUUUUGCUAAUGUGAACUAUUUUUCCUGUAACUCUGCAAAAAAUCAUAAACUAAAUGCUCUUUAUCAUAUUUGCGCUCCAGAUCAGCAGGAUUGAAUACAUCCAUUCCAAGAACUUCAUCCACAGAGACGUGAAGCCUGACAACUUCCUGAUGGGGCUCGGAAAGAAGGGCAACCUGGUCUACAUUAUCGACUUUGGCUUGGCUAAGAAAUACCGCGACGCCCGAACACACCAGCACAUCCCCUACCGCGAGAAUAAGAACCUCACUGGUACCGCCCGCUAUGCCUCCAUCAACACUCAUCUGGGCAUCGGUAAGACUGCACACACACCGAGAUUGGCCUAGAAACCUGUGAGGAUGUGAUUGUGUGUGUUCUGCAAACCCCACUGUGGAUUGUGUGUGUGCUCACUGCAGAAUGUCAGUGGACUAUGUUGAAAUAUGCAUGCUUAUUGAUCGGCGGUUUCAGAGAAGCUGCCUCUUUUCUAUUCCUUUUGUUUCUUCCUUCCUUUUCCUUCUUCUUCUCUCUUUCGGUCCACCCCUAUGUUUUCUUCUUCUGCCCUCAAACUUGUUUUGUUGUUUCAAACUCUUCUCUUGCUCAUGAUCUUUUCCCUCACAGAGCAGUCAAGACGAGAUGACCUGGAGUCUCUGGGCUACGUUCUGAUGUACUUCAACCUGGGCUCUCUGCCCUGGCAGGGGCUCAAGGCUGCCACCAAGAGGCAGAAGUAUGAACGCAUCAGUGAAAAGAAAAUGUCCACCCCCAUCGAGGUGCUCUGUAAGGGAUAUCCCUGUGAGUAAAAAAACACUGGUGACAACUUCUCAAUCAAUUCUGUCUCAACUUUUCUCAAACGGCUUGAUACCCUCACUGUCUUUGCUGAUGUUCAUCUUUUUUUCCCUCUUUGUGUCUUUCAGCUGAGUUCUCCACCUACCUGAAUUUGUGUCGCUCCCUGCGGUUUGAUGACAAGCCAGACUACUCAUAUCUGAGGCAGCUCUUCAGGAAUCUUUUCCACAGACAGGGCUUCUCCUACGACUACGUCUUUGACUGGAACAUGCUGAAGUUUGUGAGUUGCCCACCCAGAUUUCAUCCACGUCACAGCAGCUGGAGCAGUUAUUAUGCUCUGGUUGUAUUAGUCUGUAAGUCUGUAAUGAGCGUGGGAAACAGAAGACUGUUAGCAAACUAGUUCUCUCUCAGAGGUGAUGUAUCUUUUCCAUCAUGCUUUGUUUAUCAGUCAAUCAUUGUUUUUUGCAUUAGUACUCUUCCUCUUGUAUUUCAGGGGGCCAGCAGGACCACAGAAGAUGGGGAGAGAGAGAGGAGGGAGGGAAAAGAGGGAGAGGAGCGGGCAGGGGGAGGUCAAAGAGGAGCCGGAGGUCGAGCUUUGCCGCCUGGUCCGAAUCCUUCAGGUGCCAAUAGAGUCAGGAACGAGGCUGAUGCUACUCCUUCAAACGCGGCCACACGUGGGGUUCAACAGUCAGGUCAGGAUUUUUGUUUUUGUGAGUGGAAAUCUAGAAAACAUUGAGAAGUAUCAGUGUUUUCAUUUCCGGUAGCAUACCCAGAUGAUUAGUGGUCUGAAUCUCCAACUGAUGGUUCACAAAGUUUAUUCAAGUAGUACCAUGAAAUAUAUAAACAAAGUGCACAAACUGUAAGAGAUAGAAGAAAACCAUACUGUAUCUUUUUCACAUUCUCUUUUCAUAUAUAAUAUUAAUAAUCUAUUUUAAACCUUUAUGAACUUCAGAAAUUAACAGUGUGUUUAUUUAUUCAUGAAUUGCACUUCAUGUUUUUAACUAAUUAACCUCAAAUCAGAGCUUUAGCUAAAUAAUUAGCUUUAAAUAACACAUAAAAUUACUCUUUUAAAACUUAUUGGCACAGCAAAUAUAAUUUAAUCGUCUUUUUCAUGCACCCUUGGUUUGUAAAUACGAUACAGCCGUUUUAAACUUAAGCUUAUUCCUCUGAGCAUUAUCAGUGAUACAGUUGUAGCGUCUUUUCUAGCUUUUGCACUGUAUAGUAACUAAAUAAAACUACAAAAAGAUGUUGUUCUGUCACAGUGAAUUAAUCAUAAAAAUAUCCAAACUUGAGCUUUUUUAACUUUCACAAAAAAAAGUGUUAAUUCAUUUACCUUGCACGUGCCAUUUUUAUGUUUCUCUUUUCAUACCUUUCGAUAUUUUUCCUUUCAAAAUAAAAGCAUCAUCUUUUGUAAUACAAAUUGCAGGAAAUGAGCUGAAGGAGAUGCUUUCACAAUGCUUUCACAAGACGAUAUAUCUGGUCAUUUACAUUCCCACUCAUGUUUUAACUUGUGCAGGUAACCGUUCCCCUCAGGCGGGGAGAGCAGAGCGAGCUGAGCGAGAGAGGAAGGUGGCCAUGAGGCUUCAUCGUGGGGCCCCUGCUAACGUGUCCUCCUCUGACCUCACUGCACGCCUCGACCAGUCACGCAUCACUGCAUCACAGGUAAACAGAACUUUCAGAUUAAACUCUCAUGAGAAGAGGUAAUAGCCUCAGAUUACUGUGCAUGCUUUAAUUUGCCAGAUUCUGUUAUUCAGUUACAGCAUGGAGAGGUCAAGGUUUUUAUGUCUUCAUGAAGUUAUGGUUUUCGAUGAGUUGUUAGAUUUCUGCAUUGAAAUUGGUAGUUUAAGACCAGUAGUCCUAUCAACUUUAGGGAUCCUUGACCUUUCCUGACACUUGAUCUCAAACACAUAAAGUCAAUCUUACAGGUUUUUCUAAACAAAUGCAAACUUCAAGAAAAUGUGCUUUUAUCUUAUAUGUAUGUCAAACAGCACAUGCUGAGAUAAAAGCAAGUACAAUUCAAAGAAAAAAAGUCAAACAGUUUACUCAUGAUUUAGGCUGUAGCACAGGAGCAUACUGACCAACUUUAUGUGUAAUCACAAAUGAAGACUGAUGAAAGCUGCACAGUAGCUGUCAUCAGUUGUAUAAGUAACGUUUUUCUUUUUUAUUAUUUUAUCAUUUUUAGUUUUUAGUGAAUGGGCAAUCUCAGAAGAUAUUACUUUUGUUUUAUUUGCAUUUGUUAAAACUAAAAAGCUGUAAAUGUAUCCCUGUCACACUCUGCACUUUCAUUGUCUACUAUUAGUAGCUUUUCCCUCUCAUAUGUUCAUUUAGUAUUAAUCUAUUGUAAACAAAACUAUUUUGUAUUGCUCUUGCAGUUCAGACUGCAUACUGAGAAAACUCUUGUUUCUUUACAAAAUUAGCAUAAGCUGCAGCAACUGAGCAUAGCGUCUGUCUUCCUUGCUUAUAAAAUAAUUGCUUUUUGGUGACUUUAAUGAAUCAGAAGUUUUCUCAUUACAUUGAACUACUGACAUAUUUAGAUUGUCUGUUUUGCCUGCCUCUGAUGUUGAUACAAAUUCAUUAUUCAUGAUGCAAACUUGACAAUAUUGGAGCUGGAGAGAUAUUCAAGCAUAAUCUACUUGUAAUUACCACCAACAAGAUAUAAAUGUCAAGAGUUUUUUCACUGUUCAGUUUAAGUCUGACAUGAUAUAAGCACAGAAAAGACUAAUCCACCCAGGCAGACUCCUCAUGUCCUAAAGCCUCUUUUUAAUUUGUAAUUGGACUCUCUCUGCUGCUUCUUCAUAUAUUGGGGAUCACAUCUGAAAUAAUGACUGCAGCCAUCCUGAAUACCCAAACUUAUUGUGCUGAGUCUUAACAUCAGUAGUCAGACAAUCCAACAUGCACUUAAAAAGGAGGACGAUGCAGAUAAUGUACAUGCACCGCUAAAUAAAAUGACUGUUGUGAUUUGAAGCUUGGUCUUCCUGCUGCAAACCUUUACUCUGUAUGUUUGCUUGUGGGUGUGCAGUAUGUUUUUUUUUUUUCACACAGGGUAGUUAGAGCCGAUGCCUUGUUAAAUACUAACAGAUCACAAGUGGUCAAAUUCAGUCAAAAUAACCCACAAAACUAAAGUCAGGAGGUAAAUUCAGAACUGAAAAUGCCAGCAGGUUUUUAACAAUAGAGGAGUAAAGAAUCUAAAGACGGGUCCUCUUCAGGUUUUUGUCUUCUCUCUUUGAUGUGCCUCAAGCUUCUCAUCUUUCUCUUCUCUCAGGUCAGUGUGCCGUUUGAACACCUGGCAAAGUGAGCUCCUCCUGGCUGGCCUGCAGGUCAGCGGCAGGUAUGGACAUGUCACACACAGACACACACACACACCAAGGAUGCUUUUAUUUCUGUUGACCUCUGAUACUUACUACCCCCUACUACCCUUCAGACUGAAGGUGUUAAGGAGGAAGUUUUUUUGUUUGUACAACAUCUUCUAUUUGCUCCAUUUCUUAAAGUUAGAAUAUUACCUGUAGAGCAAAUAAUUUUACUGUUACAACGGUAAUCUUAACCCUGCCAGUCCAGUCUUCGAGGCCCACUGUCCCGCAUGUUUUGGAUGUUUCCCUGCUCCAACACACCUGAUUCAAAUGAUUAGCUCGUUAUCAAGCUCUGUAAUGGCUUAUGGACUUGAGAACCACUGUUCUAGGUGAUUUGGGGUCUUGCAGUUUUGCUUGUUAAUACUCUGUAUAGGAAAGAAAGUGUGAAGAUGUUACAUAUCUUUUAAGAUAUCAACAACCACUUUCAUGUUUAUUACAGCAAAUGUUGUUUGUGAGUAUGGAGCCUUAUAUACUGUAUAUGCCUCAUCUGUACCACAAAGUUUCACUGUUGUCAAAAAACUGUAAAAACACCAAAGCAAUGCUGAUACAUUGUGGACAAGUAUAACACUCAAUCUUAAUCAUUGUUUGAAGUUGAGUUUUUGCAGACUUUAAAUUUUUAAAAAUGUGUUUACAUGUGUUCCAGUAGAAAUCAAAAAGCUCUAUUUGGGGUAAGAGAGUCGGCCAAUGCCUGUUUUAUUGUGCCUUCUUUAACUCAGACAGUGACACUUUUCCCUGUUUUGUGUCUUUUGUGCUCAGCAGCUGCAGGGUAUAAAAUACCCCUUACUUUUCAAAUGAAUGAAUGAAAACAUGACUGAGCAGAGGAGGAGCAGGAGGAGGCGUUGCAGGCCCUUAAUGCGGGGAUCGAGGCAUCGUGUGUCUGUCAGUAUGCUGUGUGAACACUGGUGACCAGAAACAGAAGACAUGUUAGAAAACCACCAGAACAAACAAACUGUGGGCUGGAAUUGGUUUGAACUACUCUUAGUGGUGAGGCCAGAGAGAAAAGUGGGUGAAACAACACACAGACCCCGCCCAUUCUUCAUUCAUAUUCACCUGCCUAUCGACUCAGAGGCUCAACUUGCAAAAAAAACAUCAAAGUGCACAAAAUGGACUCAAUUUCAGUUUUUCUGUCGUUUACACCUGUGGUAACUUUAAAGAAAAAAAAAACAACUAUCAAUCUGCUGGUGUUUGAGAGCUACAUCCGCUGCUUAUGGUGUUAUUGAUUAUAAAUAGAUAUGUAAACAACAGUGGAGACAAACACAAGUGUAUACAGGCCUGUAAUAGAUGAGACAGGAGAUUGCUUCUGAAUGGACCCAGGAGUGGAUCAGAGAUGAAUGUGGGAGGCUGCAGUUCAUCUGUGGAUGGGAGUGAGGCUGCUUUUUGUCAAUAAAUGUCAGUGUCUGUGUGUUAUUGUCUUCAGUGUCCAUUUUGCCCUUGGCUUUACUUUAGAGAGUCAAAGAAAAGGAAGGAGGGAGGGCCGGAGGUGGAAAAGUGUUGAAUGAUCCAUAAUUAAUCGACAAAAAUCUGUCCUCCUCUUCGGCACAGUUGUUACUCUCUUAACCAGAGGAGGCUAGCAGAGAAAACAUUGCUCAUUGAAUGCAAGAAGAGGAGGAAACUGCUCUAAGUCUAGGACAGGAACAAAGAGUGAGAUAUGCAGAUUGUAUGAUAUGAAAAACCCUUAUAGUCCAGCUUGUGACUCCAGGUAUGAAAAGUCUUGAGAAAGUUACAGGAUCUUGGUGAUGAACAAGUCUGGUGUUACUUUGAGUUUGCGUCUUUUACUUUAGCUUUUUUCUUUUAUAAAACAUGUAAAAAUGUGUAGAUAACUAUUGCCAGAAUGUGAAAUAUUGUGUAAAGAUGGAGCAGGAGAGAAGAGUACUGUUUUAUUCCUGAUGACCUUGGGGCAAAAGUGAUGCAGAAACAAUUACUGAUAACCUUAGGAGUCGGCCACUUGUUUGUUUUUCAUUUCCACUGUGGCAGGCAAUGACAGAGAGGUUCCUGUGACGAGAUGAAAAAGCGCUUUGACCCCGGGCAUAUCAGGAAGAAUGGAUGUCACGAGUGAUCAGUCUGAUGUCCUGUACAUUUCUUUACCAUGCUUCAACUUUAUUACUAUGAUAUUUGUGUAUAUUUUCUGAAUCAAUAAAAAUAUACACAGAC